UGCUGAAGCUCGCAAUACGUGGAAAGGCCUGACUGAUGCUCUUGCCCUUAAAUUAAAAAAACUUAAUUCUAAAGAAUCGGCUCGAAGAACUUUAUCGAAUAGAAAACAACAACCAAAGGAGUCAAUUCUAGAAUAUGCUCAAAUUAUUAGAGGUUUAAUUAAUAAAGCCUUUCCAGAAGGAUCUUUUGUACCGAUUGUUGGAGAAUUACCAGAAGCUCGAGCUCAAAGAAUAAAACAGUGGAGAGAUGACAUUUCUAAGGAUUACUUCAAAAAUGGUCUAUGUAUGGAAAUUAAAGAAAAACUCGCAUUUAGGCCUACUAACUCAUUGGAAGAAACUAUUAAUUUGGCUAAAGAAAUUGAAGAAAUUCAGUGUUCCCUAAAGGAAGAUAAAUGUCGCCUACAUCAACAUAAUUUAACUGAACAAGCUUUAACUGAGGUAAAUGCAGUCCGGGCCGAAGUUAAUGCCAUAAAGGAUAAAUUUGAGAAAAAUGAUAAUAUGAAUCGACAAAAUUGGCAAAAUCCUAGAACUGACUGGAGAGGAAGAGGUUAUGUUCCCAAUAGAGGAAAUUGGAGACCACAAUGGAAUCCAAGGAGGAAUUUUGAAAAUUUGGGGGAAAACCGAGUGAGAUUCCAAAAUAAUUGGAGGGGAAGUGCUCAAAGUCGUGGAUUCCCAGGAAGGUGGGGACAACGCAGAGGAGCGGGAUCAUUUAAUUCAAAUAGAAUUCCAAUAAACAACCCAAGGAACGUUGAGUCAGGACCGUCUACAUCGGCCAGAAUAAGCGCUUUAACGAUGCCAUAUAUUACAUUAUUGGUAAUAAUAAAUGUUUUAAUUUCCGGAAUUUCUGCUCAAUACCAAAUAUGUCCUAAGGAUAAAAGUGGAUUUUCAAUUGAUUUUCCUUCACCACAAGAAUGCUUGUUACCGCCUAUGUACAGAACUGAAAUGAAAAAUGUUACAUUGUUUUUGCCAAAAUUAGUCCCAAGAUAUUUUCCUAUUUACCGAUGUUGGUUGGAGAAACAAACUAAAUGUACCAAGUCUAUUUUGAUAUACCAGGAGGAUUUGCCAGUUAAAGGAGAAAAAUUUUCAUUAAGUUUAGAAAGUUGCUGGAACCUGGUUAAAAGCACGAAAUUAAGAAGAAUUGAUGAAUUUUUAUGGUCCGUUUCAUUCAAUAAUGAUUUAAAAUAUGCAUGGUUUGGACAGCAUUGUGUUACCGAUAAACAUUAUUUUCUGGAGGAAGGAGAAGGUGCAUUAAUGAAUAAAAGAUUUGAGACUAGUUUUGGUGUCUCAAAAUCCUUAGAUUCUCAUACUAGAAAUGGUUCUUUUGAAGAUAAAGAAAAAUUACUUUCCGUUAUUGUAUGGAACGCUCCCUCGGAAGACUAUAUCUAUACCCAUUAUUCAUUUGGACCAGUACAAGCAGAGAUAUUUUACAAAAAUAAUUCUAUUAAUGGAUUAGUUAAAGUUAACGAAUUACAAUAUGUUUUCGCGCCGUCCGAGAACAUUUCAAGAAAUUCUGAAGUAUUAGGUGUUCCUGAGGAGGCUUGGCCAAUGGACAAUGACGUUUUCAUAUUAAUUUUAAACAAAACUGAAAGAAUCAUUCAAAAAAGGCAAGUUACAAAAAAACAAAAUUUUAGACGUACUACUACCACGACUACUACAACAACACCAAUUCCACCAACUAUUAAACCAAUAAAGACAACAAUCCGUCCAUUAUUAACAACAAAACAGCCAAUAUUAAGUACAACAGCAACAACACCUAUUCAUAAUAAAAGAAUAUAUACAACACCUACAAUUGAUUUAAAUUAUCAUCUCCCAGUACAACAACAAAUUAAAAAUAAUUAUUUGAAAGGAGAUCGAGGUAUACCGGGCCCAGAUGGAAGACCUGGAGCACCCGGGGAAAAAGGAGAUAUAGGAUAUACUGGACCUAGAGGAAUGAAAGGAGCACCUGGAGAAAAGGGAGAUAUGGGUUAUACUGGACCUAGAGGGUCAAAAGGAGCAUCAGGGCAAGAUGCUGUUCCAGGGAGUAAAGGAGAAAAAGGCGAUAUUGGAAUACCUGGAAGGCCUGGACAAGUUGGAUUACCAGGGAUAUAUGGACAGAAGGGUUUAGAUGGAUUACAAGGACCCCAGGGUCCGGUUGGACCUAAAGGCGACAAAGGAAGCCCAGGCAUUAAUGGUAAAAAUGGAUUACCUGGACCAAAAGGAGAACCUGGGCAUUUUGAUGGAAAUUUUGAAAUCUUCUCUACUUUGGCACCCUUAAAUAAAAGAGAAUUGAUAAUCAUGAGAAAAGUAGAUUAA